AUGUCUGGUCGUUCAUCACUGUUGAUAGAAAAUUACUUGAGGAAAGCGGGUUUUUGGCACGUGGCCACUGUAAGCCGAGGGUGGAAGUUGGACUCGAAAAUCAUCAGCACGUUAAUAGAGAGGUGGAGACCCGAGACGCACACAUUUCAUCUUCCGUGCGAAGAGUGUACUAUCACUUUGAAGGACGUGCAGUUACAAUUAGGAUUGCCAGUGGAUGGGUCCGCACUUACUAGGUCCAUUCAAUCUGCUGAUUGGGGAGCCAUAUGCUACAAUCUUUUGGGUGUGAUUUUGGAUAAUAUUUAUGGAGGUCGAAUCGAGAUGGACUGGUUACGAUACACAUUCCUAGAGCCGGGGAAUGAUUCGACUGAAGUAGAAAGAAUACGAUAUGCUCGAGCAUAUAUCCUUGAGAUGAUUGGAGGUUAUUUGAUGCCGGACUUGUCAUGA